AUGGGCUGGCAAUUGAGCGAUUUCCAUGGACUGAUCUGCGUGCUGGCGGCGCUAGGAGUGCCGUCCCAGGCACAGUUCCUCCCCUCAUCUGGGCCCCUGCAGUCUCCGUAUCAGGGUGCAGGGCCGCGUCUGGUGCUCUAUGACCUGUCCAGUGGCCAGCAGCUGGAUCCGCUGCGCUAUUUGGCCCUUUUGCGGGGCCCUAGGCAGCUGCCAGUGAACGGGAACGUCGUGGAGCUUCCGCAGUUGUGGCAGCCCUGCUCCUGCGCCGAGCUGGCCUGCCGAUGCUGCCUGGGCCUGGCCCUGGGAUUCGGCGGUUCCCUCGACCAGUGGCUCUGUGCCUCCCUCGAGUACAGCAAGACGGACCUUGGUCUGCGCCUGAGCGUGGAGCUGAACCAGCGCACAGUGGCCAACUUUGGGUUCUCGGCCCGCAAUCCUCCCGACUACUGCGUACCGCUCCUCCUGCCGCUGCCGCUCUUCAGCUGCCUGCGGCUUUACGACAUCAGGGCCCUCGGCGAGGGCAACAUGCAGGUCUGUCUGUCGGUGGUCUUUAAGGUUCUGGCCAGCCAAUUCUUUGAGUACCGGUUCAACUGCCUUCGCUUCGGCGACAACGGAGUGUUUUUCGGCGUAGGAGCUGGUGUCUAGCCUUAGCUUUAUGUAUCAACUCUAAAUAAUAUUUUCCUUUCCUUCAUUUUUCCCUCGCUUUUAUUUAUCAUUA